AUGGGUGAUAAUAACGCAUUCGUAUUGGAUAAUGGUGCAUUUUAUGCAAAACUCGGUUUAUCCGAUGCUUCGGAACCUAAAACCAUUCUGAACUGCAUCACAAAAGCCAAAUCGGAAAGAAGACGACCGUUCAUUGGAAACCAGAUAGAAGAGUGCCGGGACGCUUCAGGACUGUUUUACAUUUUGUGCUUUCAGCGUGGUUAUCUGGUGAACUGGGAUGUACAGAAAACGGUUUGGGAUUAUUUAUUCAGUCCCGAUUGCUGUCCGGUUCAAUUUUCCGAGACCCCACUGCUCAUCACGGAACCACUGUUUAAUUUCGGAUCAAUCCAGGAAGCGAUGCUGGAAAUUCUGUACGAAGAGUACGACUGCGAUGCAGUUUGUAAAUCUACGGCGAUUGAUUUAGCGGCCUUCAAUUUCACGCACACCGAAGGAAUCGAGGAACAGCAAAGACCACUGGCGUGUGUGGUGGUAGAGAUGGGAUUCAGCUUUACCCACGUCGUCCCUUUCGUGAAGGGUAGCAAAGUAAAGGAAGCGAUACGACGCAUUGACGUUGGUGGAAAGGUGUUAACGAAUCAUCUCAAGGAAAUCAUCUCCUAUCGACAGCUGAACGUGAUGGAUGAAUCGUACGUUAUAAAUCAGGUAAAGGAGGACAGUUGCUUUGUGUCACAGAAUUUCAACGAAGACAUGCGAAUAGCGCGUAAACGGUUCCCCGAUAAUACGAUCGUGCGAGAAUACGUGCUACCGGAUUAUACGCAGAUUCGGCGUGGAUUUUUGCGCAACCCACACGAUGCUUCUAGUGGGGACGUUGGAGAAGAACUGCAAACGGUUAAGCUAGGGAAUGAGCGGUUCGUCAUACCGGAGAUACUGUUUCACCCAUCAGACGUGGGAAUACAGCAGAUGGGUGUACCGGAAGCGAUAGUGGAUGCAAUCAACCUAUGUCCGGAAGAGACACGUCCUCAUCUCUUUGCAAACAUUGUCGUGUGUGGAGGAUGUGCACUGUUCCCGGGCAUGCAGUCGCGUGUGGAAAGGGACGUUCGUGCUUUAGCGCCCGAUGAGUAUGAAGUUAACGUAACAGUACCGGAAAAUCCGAUCACAUAUGCCUGGCAUGGUGGAAAGAAGUAUUCACAGUCGCUUAGCUUCAUGAAAUCGUGCAUGAGCCGCAACCAGUACGAGGAGUACGGCACCAGGCAUCUGGUGGAGAAGUACGAAAGCUAG